AUGGAGCGGCUGCUGUGGGCGUCGACGCAAGCGCUCGGCUGCGGCGGCAAGCGUGGGAAGGGCGACGAUGUCGCCGCCGCCGGGCUGCUGGUGGACCCCAUGGGCACGGUGGGGCAGCUGGGCGAGUGGCUCUGCCGGGCCGCGCUGCAGCCGCCGCCGGCGCCGCGGGUGUGCGGGGCGCCCGGGGGCCCGCCCGUGACGGCGCGCCGGGUGCGCCUGCGCGACGGCCGCCACCUGGCCUACGAGGAGUCCGGCGUGCCCAGGGAGGCCGCGCGCUACAGGAUCGUCUUCUCGCACGGCUUCUCCGGGUCGCGCCUCGACAGCCUCCGCGCCUCACAGGAAGUGGCGGAGGAGCUGGGCGUGUACAUGGUGGCCUUCGACCGCGCGGGGUACGGCGAGAGCGACCCGAACCCUCACCGCUCCGUGCGGAGCGCGGCGCUGGACAUGGAGGAGCUAGCCGACGCGCUAGGCCUGGGCGACAGGUUCUACGCCGUGGGUGUCUCCCUGGGCUGCCACGCCGUGUGGGGCGCGCUGCGGCACAUCCCGCACCGGCUCGCGGGCGCCGCCAUGCUGGCGCCCGUGGUCAACUACUGGUGGCCGGGGCUCCCCGCGGAGGCCGCGGCGGCGGCGUACGCGCGGCAGGCGAGGGGCGACCAGUGGGCGCUGCGCGUGUCGCACCACGCGCCGGGGCUGCUCCACUGGUGGAUGGCGCAGCAGGGGUGGCUGCCCACCUCCACCGUCGUCGACAACACCACGCGCCUCCCCAACAAGCGCGACGCCGAGGUCCGCGCCGCGCUCGCCGCCGACGGCACGCUCCGGAGGAAGCGGGAGGCGGCCACGCAGCAGGGCAUCCACGAGUCCUACUACCGGGACAUGACGGUGAUGUUCGGCAAGUGGGAGUUCGACCCCAUGGCGCUGCCAGAGCCGCCGUGCCCCGUGCACCUGUGGCAGGGCGACGAGGACGGCCUCGUGCCGGUCGUCCUGCAGCGCCACGUCGCUGGCAGCCUCGCGUGGGUCAACUACCACGAGCUCCCCGGCACCGGACACUUCCUGUCCGCCGUCCCCGGCCUCGGGGACACCGUUCUCCGGACACUGUUCGGUUCAUCAGCCGCCGCAAAGCCGUGGUAG